AUGGAGUUGGUGAUUGCUACUGUCAUGGAAAAUGGCUUGCUAGUUUUCAUGAACAAUUGCUGCUCUGAAUGUCAUCAUCAUUCCGAUCAUUACCAUCACUCAUCGGAAUAUUAUUAUUUUAAAUUAUUAAUGAAAGAAAAACGUGAUGAGUUUAUGAAACUAUUGGAUGAUCUUGAGAAUUUUGGUUCUUCAUCAAUGCUAUUAACAAAAAGAAAACAAAAUUCUUCAUUAAUUGUUGAUCAUCAUGAUGCGAGGAUAGAUAACUCUGAUUUUUAUGAAUUAUUUACGAUAGAAAUUAAUGACACAAAAUCUCAUAUUGACGAUGAAUUGAUUAAUUCAAUGACAAGUAUUUCUCUCGAAGAUUACAAACCAAAUGAACAUGUCAGAAAGAAUUCCAUCUCUGUAGUCAAUAUGAAAAUUACUUUAAAAAAAGAAUGGACAGACGAGAAAGUUGGGAUAUUGGCUCGUGAUAUUUUGAAACCUGUCAAGGUAUAUGGAAUUGACACUUUAUCCAUUAGAGAUUUUGCAGAAUUUAGAGAAUCUUCUAUCAAAUUUCUCAUUAAUUUUCAGACGAACCACUUUCUGUCCAAUCAUACAUUGUUCUUAGAUUUUCAAAAUUCCACUAGUUCAUUGAAAAGUGUGAGGGGGUCCAAAAAAUCCAUUUAUUUCUCACCAGAAAAAUCCCUCAAUGUCGUUUCAUGUGGUGAAGCAUCUCCUGUAUCACCUUCGAGUACAGAAGUAAAGUCUUCGAGUGCUCAAACUAACUCCUCUAAGAGUUCUCAUGGAUAUGUGGACAUUUCGAUAGAUUGUUUGAACAUUAUUAUUGAAAUCAAACAUAUUCAUUUAGGAUAUGUUUCUUUUUCUAGGCAUGGAUUUAUCGGAAUUGGGAAUGAGUUGCUUUCUGAGCGAGUGAGCUUUCAGAAAAGAGAAAGCAAAGAACCCCUAGGAGAUCUGUUAGAUAUCAUUGAUGAAACACCAGCAGAUGUCAUGUGGGAAGAGUGGUCAGUGGCUCGACUUGCAAGUGUGUAUAAUCAACAACGAAACACUUUUCCAACUGAAUCAUUUAAAUUUUCAAAGCAGUCCACUCCUCAAACGUACUAUUUCGAACCUAUUGAAACCAUUAUUCGAGAAGCACAAGAGCAAGCGUUGAAAUAUCAACCUUCCAACAAUGAGUUGAACAGAAUUUUGUUAGUUAGCAUUGGCCGAAGAUUGUUCUAUCAAGUUGUGACAAGGAAAACGGAUUGGAAUAAAUUAAUAGAAAUUAAAUGA